CCAGCGUGUCACCACAGAAACCUGUACUCCCAUCUCUCUCUCAUAGCAACCUCUGGAAGGUCUGGCACAUGGAGGGCACACCACGCCGAGGAGAGUCCACCUCUCUCACACCUGUGGCCAACGGUCUGGAGAACAUGGGGGCUGAGUUCUUGGAAAGCCUGGAGGAAGACCAGUCCCCUGAUAACAACUUGAGUCCCACAGAGGGCCAGGACUACCGGAGUGAAGCCAGGCCAGAGCCCUUCUCUGCAUGGAGGAACCUGCAACCAGGCCUGAGAGCUAGAAGUUUCUGCAGGGAGCAUGCACAGCUGCUUCGAUGGACCUGCAAAGGCCUGCUCUGCACUGCUUACUCAGCCUUUCUGCUGGUUGCCUGCCUCCUGGACUUCCAGAGGGCCUUGGCACUGUUUGUCCUCACCUGUGUGGUCCUCGCUUUCUGGGCCCACAGCCUGCUGAAGAGGCUUCUGGAGCCAAAGCUGAGGAAGUGUGUCAGACCUCAGGGCCAUCCCCGCCUGAAGGUCUGGGUUAAGAGGGGCCUCACUCUCGUUGCUGUCCUGGUCCUGGUCCUGUGGCUGUCCCUGGACACAGCUCAGAGGCCUGAACAGUUGGUGUCCUUUGCAGGAAUUUGUGUGUUCCUCACCCUCCUCUUUGCCUGCUCGAAGCAUCACCACGCAGUGUCCUGGCGGGCUGUGUCCUGGGGCCUUGCACUGCAGUUUGCACUUGGACUCUUUAUCAUCAGAACAGAACCAGGAUUUAUUGCCUUCCAGUGGCUGGGUGACCAGAUCCAGAUCUUCCUAAGUUAUACCGAGGCUGGCUCCAGCUUUGUGUUCGGGGAGGCUCUGGUCAAGGAUGUCUUUGCCUUUCAGGUUUUGCCCAUCAUUGUCUUCUUCAGCUGUGUAAUGUCAGUUCUCUACUAUUUGGGCCUCAUGCAGUGGGUGAUCUUGAAGAUUGCCUGGAUGCUGCAGGUCACCAUGGGCACCACAGCCACGGAGACCCUAAGUGUGGCCGGAAACAUCUUUGUGAGCCAGACAGAGGCUCCUCUGCUAAUCCGGCCCUACUUAGCAGACAUGACACUCUCUGAAGUCCACGUGGUCAUGACUGGAGGCUACGCCACCAUUGCCGGCAGCCUGCUGGGUGCCUAUAUCUCCUUUGGGAUUGACGCCUCCUCGUUGAUUGCUGCUUCUGUGAUGGCCGCCCCCUGUGCUUUGGCCCUCUCCAAGCUGAUUUACCCAGAGGUGGAGGAGUCCAAGUUCAAAAGUGAGGAAGGCGUGAAACUGACCUAUGGAGACGCUCAGAACCUCAUAGAAGCAGUCAGCAGUGGGGCCAGCAUUUCAGUGCGAGUGGUCACCAACAUUGCUGCGAACCUGAUCGCAUUCCUAGCUGUGCUGGCCUUCAUCAAUGCUGCCCUGUCCUGGCUAGGAGAAAUGGUGGAUGUCCAGGAGCUCAGCUUCCAGCUCAUCUGCUCCUACAUCCUGCGGCCAGUGGCCUUCUUGAUGGGUGUGGCCUGGGAGGACUGCCCAGUGGUGGCUGAGCUGCUGGGGACCAAGCUAUUUCUGAAUGAGUUUGUGGCCUAUCAGGAACUCUCCAAGUACAAGCAGCGCCGCCUGGCAGGGGCUGAGGAGUGGGCCGGCACCAGGAAGCAGUGGAUCUCUGUCAGAGCAGAAGUGCUCACAACGUUUGCCCUCUGCGGAUUUGCCAACUUCAGCUCCAUUGGGAUAAUGCUGGGAGGUCUGACCUCCAUGGCCCCGCAACGGAAGAGUGACUUCUCCCAGAUCGUGCUCCGGGCGCUGUUCACUGGGGCCUGUGUGUCCCUGGUGAAUGCCUGCGUGGCCGGAGUCCUCUAUGUGCCCGGGGGGCCCGAGGUCAACUGCACAUCCCUCCUAAACACAGUGCUCAGUGGCAGCAGCUUCGAGGUGUAUCAGUGCUGCCACAAGGCCUUCCAGAGCAUCAGCCCAGAGUUGGGCCCAGAGGCUCUGGACAACUGCUGUCGAUUUUACAACCACUCGGUCUGUGCAUAGUGGGGACAGACGUCCUUGUGCCUUCUGAGAGCUGUUCUUCUCCAGGAAGCAUCUGUCCCCAUCUUCCCCUGCCCAGGCGCCUGCUCAGGGAAGCCACAGGGCUCAGACCCCCGAAGUCCCACAGCUGAGAAGAGGUGAUGGAGUGAGUGCGCCAGGAAUGGACACUUCUCUCAGUGACCCCGUUUUCCUAUCUCCCCCAGUGUGAAUUCCCAGGCUCACCUCUGCCUCCUUCUGUUUCUCCUCCACAUCCAAACGGCACCCUGGCCCUCUACAUUCUCCUCUUCUUGGAGUCCCUCACACACACCUUUCCCCUUCUUGCGGGCCCCAUACCAAAGCAUCCUCCCUUCUUCCCUCCUGGGCUCUGGACUCUCUCCGGGCUUCCCUGCCAGCUGCUGUCUCCUAGAGAUGCCUUUCUCUAUUUUCCGAGACUCCCUCCUCACUGUCCUCCACCAUAGUACUUCCCAAACUGAUGUCCUGUGGAACACGGUCCCACAAGGUAUUCAGAGACUUCCAUGAUCCACUAUAAUUGGAAAAUGCUGGGUUAAAUAAAGUUGGACAGGAUUAUUUGGGGCUUUAA